AUGAAGCUACUCUACACCAUUUCUCUUCUCGCUGUCGGCUCCAUUGCAGCAGCAGAAGAUAAAACCAACGCGACAUCUCAAAGCACAACCGAGGCUUCAAAGGGCCUGGCAAACUGCCAUAUUCCCGAACUGAGGAAAGGGCAUGUUCUCAGGGCUUCGUGCUUUGCCGAUGGGGCCAAGCAAGAACUUGUCCAUAGCGAGUUGGACUUGAAUCACUGUUUCGGCGCAAGCCUUUUGAAGGGUGAAUUGACCGCGGAGCCUGAUGGACAUUUCAGCAGAAAGUGCGUGAAAUGUAAGUUAGGGGGGGAAGCUCGUGGUACUGGAACCCACGUGGGGGCAUGGUCACUGUACUGCCACUGUGUUGCUCCUAAAGCCGAAAUUCAGUUGGAACCUACCGUCUGGAUGAACAAGCAGGGUCUUCUUGAGUGCCACGGCCAUGUUGGAAAGCCAAUGAGCUUGUAA